AUGGGGCUCGAUGAGAAUGACACGCGGGGGUGGGUGAUGAGUGGUGUCUCUGGUGCUGCGUGUAUCAUCGGCGCCAGUAUUAUCUGUGUCGAUGUAAUCAUGCGCUCGUGUUGCGGCAUGAGGAAAUUCGAUAUUACAACAAAUUCAACCUUUUUAUCAUCAUCUAUGGGUCUGAGUGCUGGGGUAAUGGUGAGUUUUGCGCAAUUUCAAUAUCUAUCUCGUUCUGGCCUAUCUGGCUCUGCGGCAGCUUAUGUCUUAAUUGGCCUUUUUCUGGCCGGCGUUGUCGCCAUCAGUGUGUUCUCAAACAUCGUCCAUCGCUAUAUACCGUCCCAUAUCGUCGACUGCAAUCAUACGCAUGAACCAGUUGACGGCGAUAUCGAACAUGGAGAAGGUGGAAUUACACAUUCACAACACUGGCACCAGAGUACCAACAAUAAAACCCAUGAUGAAGAGGAGGACUCGGGCGAGAACAAUGAGCGCAGUCCUCUCAUCCGGAAGGCUUCUUCCCACCGGCACGCACAAUCCGCUCCAGCGCUUCACUCGCGAGCCACCUGUCAGAUCCCGCCAUCGCUAAUUGAAGUGUCAAUGCGUCAACGCUUAGGACGUCAAGUUCACAAGUUCUUCCGUGGCACGAAAGAGGUUUGCGAUGACAGCGGACCUUGCUAUGGCUUUUCUCAAACUUGCGGGACGGAAUGUCAGAAAGUAGUAGAUGCGAGAAACGUCUCUGCGCUGGUAACCCCGACGAAUCUCUCGAGUCAUCAAAGAAGGGAUCCUUCUUUAGCGACAAAUCCAGAUCAAAAUACGGGAGAGAAUGAGCCCGAAACUCCAUUAACUGCACGACGUAUUCCCUUGUUAUACCAGGAUAUUGGCGAAGGUCAUCGACCUGCCGACGAAGAACAAGCAUCUGAUUACUUCUCGCGGGACACGCAUGAACAAACCCCACUGCAGGAAAAUGGCGAGGAAGAAGAAUGGACGGUCAAUGGCAGUAAUCCACUUGGCUCGGAAGACACAUCGAAACCGUGGGGUCAGCAUUCAACCCAUUCUUCAGUGCAGCAACACCACCAUCACGUCCCUCAGAAUGCCUUUCUCUCGAUUGGUCUGCAGACCUCGUUGGCGAUUGCCCUACAUAAACUCCCGGAAGGUUUCAUUACCUACGCUACUAACCAUGCAAGCCCAACACUGGGCUUGACAGUCUUCCUUGCUCUCUUCAUUCACAAUAUUACAGACGGUUUCGCUCUAGCUUUACCCCUAUACCUAGCAAUCCGAUCAAGAACAAAGGCUAUUGUCUGGGCUAGCGUUUUAGGAGGAGUUAGUCAGCCAGCGGGCGCUGCACUGGCUGCUCUAUGGAUUUGGGCUACCACCCGAGGCAGAGACAAUUCCGGCACUGAAGGAACAUCUUGGGGUGUCUACGGCGGGAUGUUUGCUGUGACAGCAGGGAUCAUGACCUCGGUAGGUCUCCAACUGUUCAGCGAAGGUCUGUGCCUAACGCACAACCGAAACAUCUGCAUUGGUUCGGCUAUUGUUGGUAUGGGGUUACUGGGCGUUAGUUUUGCAUUGACGGCGUGA